AUGAAAGACACCGACGGCCGGAUAGACAGCGUAGAAGAGUCGGGCCGUGAAUAUCACGAUCACAAUCUAGACAUACCAUACCAAGGCUAUCGUAAGGCUGGCCACUAUAACCCGCUGACCAAACAAUUGAAACGCCAGAGCCAGCAGGUAGUAGUCAAACGGCGGCCGUCACUGUGGAACUGGUUGAAGGACUGGUGGUCAACAAAACGUAUGGCUGAUGACUGGUUGGACGAUAGUAGGACUGGUAGUAGUUUUGGUUCACCAACAACAACACCAACAACAAAAACAUUGUGGUUGAAGAGUAUAUUUAGAAGGAAUAGGAAUACCGGUAGUAAUAAUAAUAAUACUAGUUUUAUGAGUUCCCUGGACCACAUGUACGACCAGCCACCGAACAUACCGUUACCAUUACUAGAAGACAAUGACAUUGUUGCCGAUGAUAAUGAUUAUUAUAACGAUAUCAAUCAACUGACUGAUGUAUCAGUGAUACCUGUAUUGUCUGCCAAUGAAUGUAAUAAUAAUAAUAAUAUUAGCGAAACAAUUGCCGAUAAAAAUGUCGCAAACAAUGUGGUCAUCAAUGAAGACAACAAUAACAACAAUAUUCAGACAAAUAAAGUGAACAAUGAUUUAAGUAAUGAUAAUAAUAGAGAUAUUAAUGAAGACAUUGAUUGUCAAUCAAAUGGUAGCGAAACAGAUGUAUACAACAGUUGUGAUGGUUUACAACAACAACAACAGAGUAAUAGUAGUGAUGAAGAAGUUAAUGACAAGAAGAAAGUUAAACAAACAGUGAAGAAGAAAAAGAAGAAGAGAAGUACCGAUAAAAAGGAAAAACUAUUGAAUAUAACUGAAUGCCGACAACCGGACGGUACAUAUCGGUGCCAAUGGACGGACUGUAUGCAAACAUUUAGACAAUUACAACAUUUCAAACAACAUUUGCAUAGACAUAGAGAGGGAACCUAUAGGUGUGAUUACGACGACGAUUGUCAGUAUAUUACCGAUAGUCCCCACCUUUUAAAAGCGCAUCGAUUGAGUCAUAUAAAGAAAACAAGUAAUAAAAUGAAUAAAACAGUGAUAAAGAAGACGAAGACGAAGAAGAAGAAGUUGAAGAAGAAAAAGUCAACGACAGCUGUUGUUAUUAAGAAGCGAAUCAAAUCGGCUGAUGAACUGAAAGCCAUGGAAUUGUUUGAUACCGACAAAUGUCGUCAACCGGAUGGCCGUACCUAUCGGUGUCCAUGGGUUGGCUGUUCGAAACUAUUGAACAGUUGUUCAGCGUUUCUUAAGCACCGACACCAACAUUUGGGUACAUUCAAGUGUCCGAUCGAUUCGUGCAAUUUUAUGGCCCAAAGUAACAGUCAUUUGAAAGUACAUCAAACGGUUCAUUCGGAUGAUAAGCCAUACGAGUGCCGGGAUUGUCGUAAAUGUUUUUCAUCGAAACAACUGCUACAUACUCAUCGAUUGACUAAACAUCCCGAUGCCUAUCCCGACAAACCAUAUAUGAAUUGUCAGGAAACAGGUUGUACUUAUCGGACAAAACUUUUGGGUGAAUUUAAUAAACAUAAACGCGGACAUAGUUUACCAAUUGUUUGCGCUGAUUGUGGUAAACGUUUUAAAAGCAAUUAUUUGCUUCGGUAUCAUCAAACCAAACACCAGUCUAUCAGACAACACAAAUGUCAAGUGUGUGGCAAACAGUUUAAGUCGAUUAAAGCCCAGACACAUCAUUAUAGCCUACAUCACCAACAAAUGGACUAUACCUGUGAUUACGAUGGCUGUAACGAGACGUUUACUAUUAAACAUUUAUAUCUUAAACAUCGGAAAUCACAUGUCAAGGACAACAACAAUCCCCGUCCGCACGCCUGUGAGUGGCCGGGAUGUGACCGUAGGUUUAAGUCAAACGCUGAGAUGACUUACCACAUGAAUACACAUUCGGGUGAUAUUGUCUACCGGUGCGAAUGGCCUGAAUGUAAUAAGUCAUUUAUCAUAAAAUCAUCGUAUGAUAUGCAUAUGGCCCGACACCAGGGUAAAAAUACCUACCGGUGCUCGUGGCCUGAAUGUGAUUACAGUACACAAAACACUGUUAGACUUAAAAGUCAUAUAAUGAAACACAAGGGUAUAGUAGUCGACGACAAAUAG